GCCGUUUACCUGUCCCUGGCCCGCCCCUUGCCUGCGGACCGGACCUUGGAGGAGAGCGAGGGCAGCCAGAACGAGGCUUCCGCUCCAGCAGGUGCCUGAGCUGGUGGUGGGGAGCAGUGCCCGCCCCGGGAAGAUGCGCCCCGGGGCUGUGGUGGGCGCCUUCAAGGCCGUGUUCCUGGUUUUCGCCUCCCUCUGCGCCUGGUACUCGGGGUACCUGCUGGCGGAGCUCAUUCCCGACGUGCAUCUGUCCAGCGCCAUCUACAGCAUCCAGACGGUUGGGGAGAAGCCGGUCCUCAAAGCCCCACUGCCCAGGAGGCAAAAGUGCGACCACUGGACCCCAUGUCCCCCCAGCACCUACGCCUACCGGAUGCUGAGCGGCGGGGGCAGAGAGAAGCACGCCAAGAUCUGCUUUGAGGAUGAGCUGCUUGUGGGCGAGAAGAUGGGGAACGUCGGCAGAGGGAUAAACAUCGCCAUCGUCAGCUAUGUAACUGGGAAGGUGAUAGCCACGAAGACUUUUGACAUGUACGAAGGCGAUAACUCCAAGCCCCUGACCCAGUUCAUCCAGAGCGCACCCGCGAAGUCCCUGCUGCUCAUGGUGACCCAUGACGACGGGAGCACCAGACUGAAGGCCGAUGCCAAGGACGCCCUGGAGGCCCUGGGCAGUAGAGAGAUCCGGAACAUGCGGUUCAGAUCCAGCUGGGUGUUCCUGGCGGCCACCGGCUUCGAGCUGCCCGCAGGACUUCCGAGGGAGAAGGUCUCCCUGAAAGUGGGGGCUGGGAGUCGGUUUCCCCACCUGCAACCACUGCUGUCUGCCCUGCCCCUCCUCCUGCACGGGGCCGGCCUCCCUCUGUCCUGCUCGGGGUGGCAGGGCCAAUCACCAGGGCCUCAGACGAGGAUAGGCCCCGAAUAAACACGUGGUAACGGAU